AAAUAGUGUGAAUUCGUCCUCCCGCGCGGCCUUUGCAGCAAUAAUCUCCGCAUUGUGCUGCUUGUCCUCUGAACGAUCGGUCUGCCGAACCGCGGUCAACGUAACCAUUUUGAAAACGUGCGGUAUGUUCGGUAUACUGGUCCUGCACUUGUCAGCGGCGGUGUUGCUGUUUGACCGCUAUGGUUGUAACGGUCAGACGGCCGAAGUCAGCUCGCUGACGUCCCAGAUCGGCGGUCACGCGGUAUUCGAAUGCCCGGCAGUACCGCAACCGCGGUACAACGACGGCGGUAUUCGCCGUCUUGUAGCCGUACGUUGGACAAAAGACGGGCAGACAGUAUUUACGUGUUCAGAGGGUACGUUAACCACUGACGAGCGGUAUGACGGACGAACUACCGUGGUUGAACCUCCAGAUUUCAACAAUGCAGUCUCCAUUGCAAUCAACGUUUCUAGUCUUCGAGAGUCAGACACAGGUAACUACGAGUGUCAUGUGACUUACAGUGGUGAUGCAGGUCCGCUACAUCAUUCUUCGUCACGAUCACCUUUACCGACACUGUCAUCACCCCAAUCGAUUACAGACUCACCGUUGAAUGCAGUCGACAAGGGCAUGGUGGGUGGUAYAGCUGGCGUACGGUUCAGACUUGAUGUGCAAGGUGGAGACGUGAUGAGUAUACCGCCGAUCAACCAAACCCGUAUGGAACACGAGUCCGUUCAUUUCAGUUGUGUAAAAGAAGAUCCUGAGUUCGUAGUCCAAUGGUAUAAAGAUGGCGUGCCCCUAGAUGAUUUGCCAUUUUUGAGUGGUAGAUUUCUCGUGACUCCAGAAGGUUCAUUAGACAUCUAUGAUGCAGCAUUGAACGAUAACGGUUUUUAUUCGUGUCGCAUAAUAUCAGCGAAGGGAACACUAUCUGCCGGUGCUUUUCUUAAUGUUCAGUACAAGGCGAAAGUCGUCUAUUCGCCAGCUGAAGUUUUUCUUGCUUACGGUAAGCCUGGUACCUUGGAUUGUCACUUCCAUUCCAACCCGCCACUGACGAAAAUAAGAUGGGAAAAAGACGGGUUCUUGUUUGAUACGUACAACGUCCCCGGAGUUUACCACAGAUUAAACGGCUCUCUUUACUUUGAUCGGGUAGAAAAAGAACACGGUGGCAAAUACACGUGUACACCAUUCAAUGAGUUGGGAACCGAAGGGGCAUCUACGCCAAUGGACGUGAUUGUCCAGCAUCCACCGAAAUUAAUUGUUGUACCGAAAGUGUUGUACUUCUGCAAGCUCGGAGAUAAUAUCACAAUGCCGUGUGAAGCAGAGAACUUCGACAACAGAGGUCCAGCGAUUGUUUGGCAGAAGGCGGACGGUAAAAGUUUAUUUAAUCCUCGAAUAACAGUCAAUGGCGGUAAUCUAACUUUGACUGGCGUGAGGAGUGAAGACAGAGGUGUUUAUAGAUGUGUGGCAUCCAACAUUGCAGCUACUAUUUCGGUGGAAACAGAGUUGAUCGUUGAGGAAAACUUAUUCCACCGUAAACAUUUUGAUUUGCACGUAAAUGCAACUAACAAGAAUAUCGUAGCUUACUGGAAACGACCAUAUUCAUUCUGCACUGUUUGGAGUAGAGACACAAGCUCAACAUCGUCGAACUGGAACGCAACAGCGACGUCCAGCGACGGGAAAGCGAUUCUAUGGAAUUUAAACAUUGAUGGGGAAUACGAGAUAAUGGUGACGUGCCGCGACGAGAUGAGUGGAGGAGAAUCUAUGUUCAGCAGAUCCAUUCUGACAAGUCACUUAAAAGAAAUCACCGGACGGUCAACUGAUGAAUUGCACGAAAAGUCUUCGAGUCUCGUCCACGAAAACCACCCGUUCGACAUUCGAGUUGAACGCUCAGGUACCGGUUACAAUGUAUCGUGGACGAUGGAUAAGUCCAGCGUUGAACAUCGUGUCAAGCGGUACGUGGUGAAAUGGUACGAUGCGCGCGAUGGCUUAGAACUCGGGUCGGCGUCAACCACGGUCAACAAAAGAUACAUAGGUAGGUGA